CCGGAGGGGCGGGUUUAGUGCGUGGCAGCGAGAGCCGCGCAGCGCCGGGAGUUGGCCGGGGGGGGGUGCCGCUUUGUCCCGCUCCCCGGUGCACAGGGCUGGGUCGGGUCUGCAGGCAGCACCGCGGCUGGAGCCGGACUCGGGGAGCCCAGGAACCGCCAGAAGUCGCCCCCAUGCUGCCCCAACUGCUCCUGCUGCCCGGGCUGGUCCUCACGCUGCUGACCGCGGAGGGGAGCUGCGGGUCCAAGCAGGAGGAAAACCUGCUGGUUCUUACUGUGGCCACCCAGGAGACGGAGGGAUUCAAACGCUUCAAAAGAUCAGCCCAGUUCUUCAACUACAAAGUCCAGGUGCUGGGGCUGGAUGAGGAGUGGCGUGGUGAGGACAAGGCGGCAGCAGGAGGUGGGCAGAAGGUUCGUCUCUUGAAGUCAGCUUUGAAGGAGUAUGCGGAUAAGGAGGACUUGAUCAUCCUCGUCACAGAAAGCUAUGAUGUGCUUUUUGCAUCGGGCCCUGCAGAACUGCUGAAGAAGUUCAAACAGGCCAAGAGCAAGGUGGUUUUCUCAGCAGAGACCUUUAUCUACCCUGACCGGAGGCUGGAAGCCAAGUACCCUCCGGUGCAAGAUGGCAAGCGUUUCCUGGGUUCUGGAGGUUUCAUAGGUUACGCUCCUAACCUAAACAAGCUUGUGGAGGAUUGGAAAGGACUUGACAAUGAUAGCGACCAGCUCUUUUACACCAAUAUCUUCUUGGAUCCGGGAAAAAGGGAAAAUAUCAACAUCACUUUGGAUCAGAGAUGCCGGAUCUUCCAGAACCUGAAUGGAGCAUUAGAUGAGGUGGUUCUGAAGUUUGAAAAUGCACGCGUGAGAGCAAGAAACGUAGAGUACGACACCCUCCCAGUCCUGAUCCACGGCAAUGGACCCACCAAGCUGCAGCUGAACUACCUGGGAAACUAUAUUCCUCGGGCCUGGACAUUCGAGACAGGCUGCACUGUGUGUGAUGAAGGCCUGAGAAGUCUCACAGGGUUCAAGGAUGAUGUGUUGCCGUUGGUUCUGAUUGGAAUUUUCAUCGAGCAGCCCACUCCAUUUCUCUCCCAGUUCUUCCUGAGGCUUCAGAACCUCCAGUACCCAAAGAACCGCACUCAGCUCUUCAUCCACAACCAUGAGCAACAUCACCUGUCUCGGGUGGACACGUUUGUGAAGGAGCAUGGCAAAGAAUAUCACGCGGUCAAAGUGAUUGGGCCGGAAGAUCACGUGGAGAAUGCUGAUGCUCGGAACAUGGGCGUGGAUUUGUGCAGACAGAAUCCUGACUGUGAAUAUUACUUCAGCCUGGAUGCCGAAGUGGUUCUGAAGAACUCAAAGGUUCUACGGAUCCUGAUUGAACAGAACAAGCCGGUAAUUGCCCUAUUGGUGAGCCGUCUCGGAAAGCUGUGGUCGAAUUUCUGGGGUGCGCUGAGUCCUGAUGGGUACUAUGCCCGUUCGGAGGAUUACGUGGAUAUUGUUCAAGGGCGGAGGGUUGGGAUUUGGAAUGUUCCCUACAUUUCCAGCAUCUAUGUCAUAAAAGGCAGCACCCUGAGAUCCCAGCUCAACCAGGGAGACCUCUUCCACAGCGGCAAACUAGAUGCAGACAUGGCUUUCUGCCAUAAUGUCCGGGAUCAGAGGGUCUUCAUGUUCGUGACAAACCGGCACCAAUUUGGACACAUACUCUCUCUGGAGAAUUAUCAGACAACUCAUCUCCACAACGACCUCUGGGAGAUCUUCAGCAAUCCUGAGGACUGGAAAGAAAAGUACAUCCAUGAAAACUACACACUAGCUCUGAAAGGGAGAUUGGUGGAGACGCCCUGCCCCGAUGUUUACUGGUUCCCUAUAUUCACUGACGUCGCCUGUGACGAGUUGGUGGAGGAAAUGGAGCACUUUGGCCAGUGGUCCAAGGGAGAUAACACGGACAGCAGGCUACUAGGGGGCUAUGAAAAUGUCCCAACUAUUGACAUCCACAUGAACCAAAUUGGCUAUGAGAGAGAAUGGUACAGGUUCCUUCUGCACUAUAUUGCUCCAAUCACAGAGAAAUUUUACCCAGGAUACUAUACAAAGACACAGUUUGAGCUGGCCUUUGUCGUUCGUUACAAACCUGAUGAGCAACCCUCCUUAAUGCCUCACCAUGAUGCGUCCACCUUCACCAUCAACAUUGCCCUGAACCGGGUAGGGAUAGAUUACGAGGGAGGAGGCUGCCGGUUUCUGCGUUACAACUGCUCCGUUCGAGCUCCUCGGAAGGGUUGGACCCUCCUGCACCCGGGUCGCCUGACCCAUUAUCAUGAGGGCCUUCCAACCACAAAAGGGACCCGUUACAUCGCAGUGUCCUUUCUCGACCCUUAGAGCCAUGCUUCACGAGAAGGACCUUUUUCCCAGCAUCACCCACUGCUGACUGUGAGUGGGAGUAGGGAACGCUGCUGAGUCUCCAAGGCAUCCAUCAAAGUUAUUUGGAUAUUGAUUUUUUUUAGUGAUGGUUUGACUUCACUGUUGGAAGAUCGCCUCCACUAACACUGCAGAUAAUAAGUCGGAGUGUAGUUCUAGAAUUUGGAGAGAUUCUUUGUGCCUUCAAUUCCGAUACUCAUCCUCAUCUGUGCUUGGACUUUACUUCUUCACUAUCUGCGAUGGCUUACCGGACAACUUUCUUGGACUGAAAAUCCAGCUCUUUGGGGGCAGGACAUUUCUUUCCCCUCCCCACAAGCCCCUUCUCCAAGCAGCAGCAAGACUGUUUCUAUGUGCAUCUUACAGAGAAAUGGACUUUAGGGAAUCCUUUCUGGACACUGCUCCAAACAUGAGUGGGAUCAGGGAGCUGGUUCCAGGAUCAGGGAGUGGAGUCUUAACAGCUGUAGCAUUCGAUGAAACUUAGUUUCCCCAGCCUAAGGUUCAUCUUAGCCAUACCUCUUUGAAGUUACUUGGAAGCACAUCACCUUGUUAAAAACAGCAAUGAUGAUAACCCCCAUGGAUCCUAUUAGCCAAACCAUAGUUGGUUGAUGAUACUUGACUUCUGUGAUUAGAUUGAAGAGGUAAAAGAUGUCAUCCCAACCGUAUCUUGCUGCAGCUGGAAGGGAAUGUGUCCACCGAGAGAGAGAGAGAGUGUGUGUGUGUGUAAAAGGGACUUCUUAGAAAGGGGAGGCUGUGGAGAACUGGAUGUUAGUCAUGUUGCUUAUUGCACUGCUGGAAGGGACUAAGAUUCUACUGGGAUGAGCCCAUUAUAAGAAUCUAUGUAGAAAAGAAUCUUGGUUGAGGCAUGUUUCUUGGGCAGUGUAGGGGAAACAUGUACUGCCAUCACCCAUGCUGUAUCUGUUCUGAUUAUUAAAUAGAAGUCUUUAGUCCUCAGGUCUGCCAAACUAGAAUAUUGCUUGAGCUCUAAAUUUUCAGCAAAAGUUAUUUUGAACAGCCACCUUCUAAAACCAAAUUCUUUGUGGGUUUCUAGAGUGACUCUGCCAUCUGUUUAUAACUGCCAGGUAGUGGAGCCUACUGCCUCUGAUACCAGGCAGUUACAGUCAGAUGGAAGGAAUUGCUCCACGACUGGGGUAGAUAGAUGUGUGUUUUGACUUUAAUUAGCAAAUAUAGGACAGAAGAAGGGGACACUGACCUUUUCCUUUCUGGGCCCAGGCGCAUGCAUGUCCACAAACACACCUACAGAGAAGAGAGAGAAAUCCGUGCACCAACAAUCACCUAAAAAACGCAAAACUUGCUUCUGUUUUUAAUGAAAAUCUGAAUCAAGUUAAUUGCACCAAACGAAUGGCCGGUGCAGGCCAGUCAUUAGUAAGAUGUUGAAGAGUUGUAUGUAUUUAUUCAACAGAUUUACCCAUUUAUUUGAUGUUUUUUCUUCUGCCCCAGGAAUUGACUGGAAUCAAUAUAGAGGUCUCAUAGUAUUUCACAGAUGAUGUACAGUUUUAAACAGCAAGUUUUACAUUAAAACUUAACAAAAUGA